UCCCGACCCGCUUUCCCUUCUCCUUCCUCGUCGCCUUCCUAUUUAUAUCUCCCCCACUAGAGCUCCAAAGGAACUCAAGCACACAGCUUAUCCCUAACACAUAGCUCUUACAACUACUUGGAGCUUCCUUAGCGAGCAGCAAAACCAAAGGGAAUUAAUACAACUUCAUUUCAUCAUCCAUGGCCAAGCAAAAGGUGGUGCUGAAGCUCUCCAUGGAAGAUGCCAAGAAGCGCUCAAAGGCCAUGCAAUGUGCCGUCGGAAUGCACGGUGUUUUGUCAGUGUCGCAUGAGGGGGACAAGAUGACCGUGGUGGGCGAAGGGAUUGACUCGGUGGCAUUGACGACGCUACUGCGAAAGAAGAUGGGAUAUGUCGAAUUGGAGUUGGUAGCUGCAGUUGAGGAGAAAAAGGAGAAGAAGGUGAAGGUGGAGGCAGAAGUAAAGAGCAAUAUCCAACCAGUGAUUUUGCCGCACGAUUAUUAUGGACGAUCUGUGGGUACCUUCACUCAACCGCUCUACUACCAUGCGGAUGUUACAGAGCCCAGUUAUGAUCAAGAUAGUUGUUCUAUCAUGUAAAAGCUAUUUCAUUUUUUUUUUUCCUGAUCGUCUCUGCUUUUCGCAAAGCUAUGGAUGUCUUGGUGAUUCAAGGUAUAGCGAGCAAAAAAAAUUUGUAAUUUAAGAAGGGCAAAGCUUUGUAAUCCGUUUAGUUAUAGAAAAAUUAAGAAGAAAACUUAUAUAUUAUUUAUAGCUACAUAAGAUUUUUCCCAAAUCAAAUAAGAAUGAGGUGCCCUGUUUAAUUC